AAUUAUUGCUUACUCCAACUGAAUUUUCACAGUCUGAUAAUGAAUUGCCAGACUAUUAUGAACUAUCCGAUAACUAUGAAACAACAGAUGAUGAGCAUUUAAAUAAUGAAUCAGUUGUUUCUCAAGAAUAG